UUAUUUUUUAUUUUUUUUUCAUUUUAGAAAUUUCAUUCAUGGAGUCCAUUAUGGGGCCAGUUCUUGGAAGUGUAGUAGGCGAACAUGUAGAUUGCCACAGAAACUUCCAAAAUGAUGUGGAUGAUCUCAGAAAAAGAGUGGCAGUUCUAAAACGCAGAAGAAAUGAUAGAGUAGCAGAACUACUAACAGUGGAUGACUUGGACAAACAAGUUAAAGAAGAAGUGCAGGGAUGGCUUGAAGAUGCAAGGAAGAUCAUUGAAAUUGAAAUGCCAGAUAUUGAAGAACAGGUGCAGAAUGUUUCAUACUUGUCACGUGGUAACCUUGGAAGACGUGUUCGUCAAAAGAUUCAAGAAGUGAGGGAAAUUUACGAUCGAGGUAGUUUCCCUGAAGGUCUUGUAAUUGAAAGGUCUCCAACUAUUGGAAUCACUUUGCCAACAGAGAAUAUGGUGGGCGAGGUUAAUGUGAGGGAAAAAAUUUGGGAAUACUUAAUGGGUCACGAGGUUGGAAUUAUUGGAGUUUGUGGAAUUGGUGGAGUUGGCAAAACCACUGUUAUGAAACACAUCCAUAAUGAAUUACUGAAAAAGCCUAGCAGGUUUGAGAAGGUCGUCUGGGUUACAGUAUCACAUCCUCUCAAUGUUUACAGAUUGCAAGAUGACAUUGCUUGGGCAAUAAUGAAAAAAAGUCUUUCAGAUUGUCGGGAUGAAUUGAGCCGGGCAUCGAGACUGAUGGAGGCUAUGAAAAAAGUUAAAUAUGCACUGAUCUUAGAUGAUGUAUGGGAUAAAUUUACUCUUCAUAGCAUUGGAAUCCCAGAACCAACAAUGGAAAAUGGGUGUAAAAUUGUUAUUACUAGCAGAUCCAUUGAUGUAUGCAACUACUUGAGAUGUCAGGUAGUUAAAGUACCACCUCUACCAGGGCAAGAGUCUUUGACCUUGUUUUUAGAGAAGGUUGGGCAAGAUGUUCUACGAAUUCCCAAUUUGGAAGAGAUUUUGAAGCUUAUGGUGGCUGAAUGCGCUGGUUUGCCAUUGGCCAUUGUUGUCAUUGCAGGGAGCAUGCGAGGAGUACAAGAUAUUUCUGAGUGGAGAGAUGCACUACGUGAAUUGCGUCAGUGUGUGGUGGACACAGAGAAAGAUUCAGAAGAUGAGAUAUUUAAUCGUUUGAAGUUCAGUUAUGACCGUCUACCAAAAAAUUCAAGCAUCCAAGAGUGUUUCUUAUAUUGCUCAUUGUAUCCGGAAGAUUGGAAUAUUAGAAGAAAAGAUCUAAUUGAAAACUGGAUUUGUGAGGGAACUGUUCAAAAAUUAGGAAGCAGAAGAGAAAUGCAUGAUAAAGGAAAUGCUAUUUUAAAUAGGCUUUUAAACUGUUGUUUGUUAGAGGAAGCCUUUGAUAAGGCGUGUGUUAAGAUGCAUGAUGUUGUGAGGGGCAUGGCAUUGCGCAUCAAGAGCACGGGUCCUGGUAGGUUUAUGGUAAAAGCUGGAAUGAGAUUGACAAAGAUACCGGAUGAGGAUGAAUGGAAUGAAGAUCUAGACAAGGUCUCCCUCAUGAGAACUCUAAUAUCAUUUAUCCCUCAAAAUAUGUCCCCCAAAUGCUUGAUGCUCUCAACCUUGAUUUUGGAGGGUAAUUACGGAUUGAGACAAAUUUCAGAGUGUUUUUUUGCUAACAUGCCCAUGCUGAAGUUUCUUGAUCUUUCUAGAACUGGCAUUGAGGUUCUACCAAAUUCCAUAUGUAACUUGGAAUAUCUCACUGCAAUGAUCCUCUGUGGAUGUGAGAGUCUAAAACGCAUGCCUUCCUUGUCAAAGCUUAAAGCACUGAAGAAGUUGGAUUUGGAUGAAGCAGGCCUUCGUGAGGCUCCUGAAGGCAUUGAAAUGUUAGAAAAUCUGGAAUAUCUUGAUUUAUCUUGUCCAAACCUGAGGGUGCUACCAAGAGGAAAAAUCAGUAACCUCUUCCGCCUCCAAUACCUACGUACACAUGGAAUUUUUCGAAGUGAAAUAAGUGGAGAAGAAGUAGCAGGUUUGAAGAUGCUGGAAUUGUUUGAAGGUGAAUUUGAUUGGUUGAAAGACUUCAACAGUUUUGUUAACGAGUUGAACCAUUUUGGAAGACCCUGUCAUUACUUUAUGAAAAUGGUAGAAGAAACAGGCGCGCUAAGGAGAUUGAAAGCGGUUCGAUUCUGGGUUAAUUGGAAUUCAUUAUGGUUACCGGAUAUCAAGGAAUUAAUAGCAAAAGAUGUGAGACACACAGGCAAACAUGAGGGGUAUUUUUGGAAGUUCAACAAUAAUGAUCUUCCUAAAUGGGUAAUUUUAUUCAGUUGCAAGAUGGGAGAAGAUGAGUUGGUCCUUCCAGAUGACCUUCAGGAUUUGAGGAUUGAAAGGUGCAAAAUGGUCGGUGAUAUUUCUAUUUUUCAGAAAGAUCCUACUCAAUUGCGAACAUGUGCUUUGAAAUACUGCCGAGGGAUAGUGUGUGUGGUCUCUUUGUCAUCAUCUUCAUCUACUUCCUUAACAGUUAUGAAUAACCUUGAAGUACUAACUCUUGAGGAUUUGCCUAACUUGCGGGAUGUUGUGAAAGUGGAAAAAGCAAGAGCAUCGCUUGCACCAACAAUAUCCCUUCACAUCUUUUCUAAUCUUAAACAGCUGAGGGUAGGCAAUUGUUCAAAAUUGAAGAAGCUUUUUCCAUGUGAGCUGCUGCAAGGUCAUGGCCUCCAAAACUUGGAGCUGAUUGAGGUGAAACAUUGUUGGGGGAUGGAGGAAAUAAUAGGAUGGGAGGAAGAAGAGGAAGGAAAUCAAACAACUACUCCAAUAUUGAUCACUCUUCCAAAAUUAAGGAUAUUGGAGUUGCAAGUCGUACCAGAAUUGAAGAGAAUUUGCCCCGAAAGAGGAGUAAUGGUUUGUGAAUCUCUCAAUCGCAUCAAGAUAAAUGCCUGUGUGGAGGUAAAGAGGAUUCCCUUUUGUCUUAGAAAGGAAAACGCGCGACCAUCUCUUCCUGCUGUCAAAUCUAUCUAUAUUUUCAAUCCAAAAGAAUGGUGGGAAUCGUUGGAGUGGGAGAAUCCUGACGAUAAGAUUGUCCUCCUACCUUUCCUCCAAUAUGAUGAGCUCUUGUAAGUCUCAUUAGUCUCCCUUUUUCCAUUACUUGCAUCCCAUUCUCUCUUCUCUCUGGUAUUUCAUAAAUAAAUGUUUCUAUCUCUUGUUUCUGAAUGAAUCCCAGUGUUAAUG